AAUAAACUCACACCACGUGUCUAGCUUCACACACCCAUGCCGAAACCAGCCGGCAAAACUUGAGGGGAAUAUACGACAGUGUCAGGAGUUCAGUUUCUGACCAAACACGUGUCGGAAAACUAAAGAAAACAACUGCGAAUAAGAUUUUGGGCCUUCGGGCAUCUUUCUUCACAACCAGCAUCUUCGGUCUUGAUCCUCAGCAUCUAUGAAAGAUCCACCGUUCAACUUGUCAAGAUCCAUCCAACGGGAUAUACUAAAAACAUUUUAGAAAUGGCGACUUUGGAUUCUCCGUUAGAGGUUUUGGCUUUCGACUACGUUAACUUCGUCUUUAACAAUCUCUGGACAUGGAUUGCCGUCGUGACGGCCGCUGUUAGUUUUUGGCGUAUCCGGUCCACUACCACAACCAGCGGCCGCGGCAGCAGAGACGAAGGUUUCAAAGAUGAAUCUCCUCGUGACCCACAGAAACCACAAGCGACAAAGGCUCCUCUCGUUGUGGAAACGAGACCUCCUAGGGUUAAGGUAACGGAGACAGAAGAUUGGAGUUUGUUGUUGUGCAAUGACGGAGUGACGAAGGGGAAGCUAACGGUGUACUACGAGGAAGAGAUCGACGGAGAGAGAGAUGAAGAUGGCGGAGAGACAACGGCCGUUAAGUAUGGAGGAGGUGAGAGUGGAGAGUGGUGGGAGAGAUGGGAGAGAGUGGUGAAGAUGAGAAACGGAGACGAAGGUUGGUACCGUUACGUGGAUUUAACGGUGAUUAACGGAAGUGUUGUGAGGUUGUGGGAUGCUAACGGAGUCCGUAAUGGUGGUUGGGUUAGUGUGGAGCGUAAGGAGUGCUUUAGUUGAGACAUAUUCGGAAUAUUAUAAUUUUCUAAUUUGAGCAUGAUUAUUAUUCAUCGAACCUUUCUGGUUUAAAGACUAUUUUUUGCUGAAGUAAAAGCUGUAAUUUGUAUAUAUAUUUUAGUGGUACACAACUAUGAUUGUUGAAUAAUAAGAACAAAUUCACUUU